AUGGUGUUUGAAUUUAAUCGCGUUUGUUUUGGUUUAAAGUCGAGCCCAUUUCACGCGCUACGCACGGUGAGACAGCUCGCCUCUGAUGAGGGUCCCUUUUAUUCUAAAGCUAAGAGGGCAAUUGAGAGUGGGUUAUAUAUGGAUGAUUUUGUGUACUCGGUCGACAGCGUGGAGGAGGCCGUCCUAACCACCGCCGAGGUUAUAAAGCUCAUGAAAUCGGCUCAAUUCGAUCUCGUCAAGUGGACUAGUAAUUCGCGUACGGUUUUGGAUACAAUCCCACUAUCACACCGCCUUUCGGCGAUAAAGGAAUUCGACGAUUCUGAUACGCACAAGGUGCUCGGUUUGUGUUGGUCACCGGAGUCCGACGUGUUUAGCCUUAAGGUAAACCCGCCCGCAGAAUCGUGCACAAAGCGCACAAUGCUGUCAUGCGUUGCUAGAUUAUGGGAUGUCAAGGGUUUCGUAGCCCCGCUGGUGCUAUACGCUAAGCUUUUGAUUAAACAACUUUGGUUAUGUGAAUGCGAUUGGGAUGACCCGCCGCCUGAUAGCAUUGUGCGUUCGUGGCUACGUUUUAGAGGGGAAUUUCCUUUACUAAGCGAAAUUAAAAUAAAUAAUAAACGUCGAUAG